AUGGCUCGCGCAAUCCAGAAAACCGUCUUCGCCACAAUGGCAUUCGCAAGUUAUGCCCUUGGCGUCACCACAACGUUACAAGGCGGCCGCAGAGGCGGCGCAGCGUGUCAGAGCCCAGACAUCUACCUGACCUGCGGCGACGUCAGAGCGAAUCAAUGCUGCUACAUCCCCGGGCGAGGCUUCGGCCAAGCCUUGUUCGAUGGGCUGCCGACGGAGGAUCCAGUAGCAUACGGAGCAGUGUACUCGACCGCUGACGUGGACCCAAACACCGGGAUAGAUGCUAAGAAAAGCCUAGGGUCGGAGUGGUUCAGAAUCACCACCAAACGAGAGGAACAAGAGGUCGCUCCGCCCGUGCAUCCCGAUACUUUGCACAUUGGUAACCGUACCUUCCGCAUGUUCGAUGCGUCGGUGCCGGCGGAUAUUACGGAGGCCAUGGCGAGAUUCUUCGAAGAGGCUGAUGAGACCACGGAUCCAGAGCAUGUUCCGAGGGCUUUCUUGCCCCAUGAACGAUUAUGA